AUGGCGCGCCUGCAGGAGCGGCAGCAAGAGGAGCAGGCGGGACAGGAGGGUUUGGCGGCGCAGGAGGAGCCGGCGGCUGACGCAGUUGAGGCCGGGGAAGAGGAAACCGAUUUACGGGGGGAUGUCGCUGCUGCGGGGUCAGGUUUGACGCGGCGGGGGGAGCAGGGUGCUGCGGCAGAGGCGGAUCCGACGGGGACGGGGCAGGAGGCGCACUCGCCUGCUGCUGUGCCUGCAGCCGCCUCUGACGACGACUCAACCGCGCCCGCUGCGGGGCCGACGGCGCCACCACCGGACGAGGUUAUGGCUGCGGAGGAGGCGCAUGUGGAGCAUGGGUCGGCUGAUUCACCGGCGCCAUUGGUGGCGGUGUCCCCGUCACCUCUCGGGGAGGUGGAGAUUGCGGCGGUCGUAGCUGAGGCAGCGAGGCAACCAGAACAACCCCCGAACGAACCGUUUGCGCCGACUGCAGCUGAGUCCGCCGGAAUGUCUGCUGUUGCCGCGGCCGUAAACAUGCGGGAGCGCGGCCAGGCGGCGGAUGGAAUUGAGGGUCCCGUGAUCGGCGCCGCUUCUGGCGCCGCACCGGCAAGGAAGAAGGUGAAGCUGCGCGCCCAGCCAGCGCCGAGGCGGCCCGGAGCAGGGCUAAGACCUGGGGUCCCGGGACCCCUCCUGGGCUGGCUUCGGCAAGGGCAGUCGCCACCAGAGCAAGCGCGUUUGUUGUCAUCCGCACCACAGCCUGCAAUGGGAACCGGCGGGAGGGGUAACACGGAGGCAGCUGACCGUGCACAUUGGGGAACCGAGCAGCCAAGCAGGAUGCAGCAACCAACGGAAGGAUCACCCACGACCCAGCAAGCAACUCACCGGGAAACACGGAGCUCGACGAGAGGCCGGGGAAUUGUGUGGGGCAGGCCGUCGGGGGCAGGACGAGCGACAAUGGCAACUCCCUGGGUGCCGGCCGGUCGGGGUUUAAGGCCUGCGCAGGAGAGCGCGAGAGGCGACAGCGCUGGCGUACUCCCCGCGAUCCCCCGUGGAGGCAGAGGGGGGAGAGGAGGGACACGCGGGAGGGGAGUUCCACUCCUGGGUGGCGAGGCUGUAAUCGUGAGAUCAGGCACGUGGCGUGAUCGCCACGACCGCCCGGAGCGUGUACCUACGCCUGUGUGUGUGAAUGGGGGCAAGGAGGGGUCUGAAAACUCCCAGAACGGGAGUGAGUUUAUCCCCUCGCACUCAGAGGCAUCGGAGGAUUUGGUCUCCCUGGGCGACGAUGAGAACCAACAUGUGUCGGCGCAGGGGCGAGUGAGGAGGACGGAGCAGGGUGGCAUGCCACAACCACCCAACAUGCCAGCAGGACAGGCCCCAGCUGUGCCACCACAGCCAUCCAAGAAAUCGCCAGCUGACCUGGCAAAGGAUGAGUCUUUCUGGCACCUGGCCAGCACUUGGGACAUCGCACCACUCCAGCGUGCGGAUCAACCGUUCCUGGUGAGGCGGUUGCCCCCAAAGAUUCUGGAGAGCUACAACCUGUGCCUUCUGGCCCCGCUGUUGCGAUUGGCCGAGAAACCAGACUGUGUGGGGGCGUGGACGGUGCUGCAGUUUUUACCCCGCUUGACCCUUCGACCUCUACCAGAGCCGGUGGACGGGAACUGCUGGAUCAAGAUUGAGACUCGGCUGCACCACUUCAGGAUCGGGGAUCUUGCCGAUCUCUACAGUGAGGCAUGCGCGAUCCCCGAUACUGAAGCCCCGUCACGACACCAGCCAGACGAGGCAGGCCUGUGCACGCGAGCAGAAGGCUUGAUAAAGAAGGCCAACAUUUCCAAGGCAGUGUCUGCGUAA